GUUUUCGGUUCUCUUUUGCUGCAGACAACAGCGAAUCUCAUUAAGGAGAAGCCGGUGCUUAAUUGAUUGGAGUUAAAGAAUAGAAAGAUCCGCAUUGUGUGUGUUAUUUUUUUGUAUGCAUUUCUUUUACAUGAAAUGCUCCUGAAUUUCAGAUUGCACCAGUCUUAUCUUAUUUACUUUUUAAAAUGAAUGAUACCGAAAUUUUUCUUUAUUCUGCUCUAUAUGACUUGAGUUCUGGACACAAGCAAGUUUUAUUAUUUAAAAAAGGCGAUAAAUUUCUUCCUGUUCUUAAUUGCUCAAGUAAUCCUAAUUGGGCUGUUUGUGUAGAUAUGAAAGGCAAUGUUGGUUAUGUGCCAUAUACCUAUGUUGAGAAGAAGCAGAUUCCUGUUCAAGAAUAUCUUUGGCUUAUUGAUGAUGCUUUAGAAAAACUCCAUGGGGAUUCUCCAAGUAUUUCAAAAUUAACAAGAGAAGCUAUAAAAAAUUUGACUUCUAUAAGGGCACAGCUUUUAAGUCCCAGAGAUGAAAAGACUGAAGAUGUUGUUGGGACUCCUGUAAAUGAGCAUAUAACUCCAGUAGUUGAUCCGCCAUCUGGGUUUUCAAGUCCUGUUUUGAACUCUGCUGAUUCUGAUAAAGGCAUAACUGACCAAGCAAUACCUGAUGCAGUGGAAGAAACAGCUAGUGAAAUAAAACCUCAGGAAUCUGAACAAAAGUCUGCCUUACUAUCAGUUGUUGAAAAUGGGACUCAGACUGACAGUAUUAAUAAUUUUAAUGUGCCAAAUUGGUUAGUUCCCUCUUUAGUUGAAAAUGUUAGACAUAAAACUCUUAUUAGUCAUGAAAAUUCCAAGGCAGCUGUUGGUAUUAUUUUGGACACUUUGUUAGAUGCUAUUCCAAUGCUGGAUACAUUGUGGUUUCAGUUGAAAGAAAAUUUACAUCAGUCAGAAGUUAUAGAGGAAAAUGCCAAAGAAGUAAUACAUAGUGAAGAUCAAAGAAAAUUGUUAGAUAUUUUUAAGCAGCUAUGGUAUUGUAAAAAUGAUGAACAACAGAGAAGCUGGCCGGUUCAUGAAGAUGAGGAUCAUAUUAGUGGCCUUCUUGUGGAAAUGAACAAUAUAUUUAUAGAUGCGAAUCCUCGAGUUACCCGAGAAGUGAUUCGUUGUGAUGAAUAUGAAAUGGUUAAUUUAUUAGUUACCUAUUAUCAAAUGGAGCCUAGAAAAACAUUGCGAAUAAAAAUGCUUCAUGUGUUUUUAACUAUUUGUGAACUAGAUGUGGUUGUUGUAACUCAACUUUUGAAUUCUGUACUUCCUAUGGAAUUAGCUAGAGAUAUUCAAGAUAAUUUUGAAGAUAGUGAAAAAGUUUUCCACUCUACUUUAUUAUUAUCAGUAAUUUUCAGUACAGGAGAAAAGCCACCGACUGGAACUUAUGAUUUUAUAAACAAGAAAUUCCUGCAUUUUAUAUUUGAAAAGUUGGAGGACGUUGUAAAAAGUGAUGAUGAAGAAGUGGGCCAAAACUUGUUAAGCAUAAUUUUAGCAUUCAAUCUUCACUUUGAAAAUGUUCAAGAAAAUAUAGUUUUAGAAACUCUUAAGGAGAAGCAAUCUGCUCAGUAUCUGACAGAAAGAUUGAUUUUUCUGCUCAAUCGAGAAGAGGAUCCAUGUAAAAUUCUAACUGAAAAUAAAGAUGCUGAGAAUUCCGUCAUGAAAUUUAUGAUUGACAUGUUUUCUUUCCCAGAAUUAAUUGAUCUGUUUUAUUUAAAUGAUAUCAAGGUGCUCCUUGAUAUAAUAGUGAGACAGCUAACUGAUUUGCUGCCUGGAGAAAAGAAACGCUUUGAUUACUUACGCCUUGUUAAAAAUCUUCUAAAGAAUUCAAAUUAUGGAGAACAUCUUCAUCAACUAGAAGGCUUACAAAAGUGCUUCAGAUUCAUUCUUUCUCAAGAAUUUCCUGAUGAAGAUGAAGUAACUCUUGUAUUAGAGAUGACUUAUGAAUUUCCUCAGUGGUUUGAAAAUGUUUAAUGUAUCUUAAUUAUAUGCUUUAUGCAUAUCAUAUAUAAUGUAAAAUCAAAGUAUUAUACUUGAAAUAUUUCUCUGAGUUUGUUGAUUUGAUAUUAUCA